GAAAAAUGGAUUAGACUAGAAUAAAAAGAAUCUUUAGAGCAAUUUUGAAACUGUUGACCAGCUUGACGGUGGCCCAUAGCCAACUAGACGGCGGAGGCUGAUUGGCCAAGUUAGCCGGGGAAGGGAAGAGCAUCAAAAGUAGAGAAAAGUCAAUGCAAAUCGUUGCCUUCAAUAUCAAAGAAAUAAAGUAUAAAGUGAGAACCCAAAGAAAAAAAAAAGCGACCUUUUCUAAUUUGUUUGCUGCUUUUGGCCAAAAAAAAGAAUCUUUUUUUCUUUCACAACUACUACUAGUCUUCAAUUCUGAACCCAAUUGUGAGAGGAAAAAGAAAAAAGAUAGAAUUUUUGGAAGAUGAAUGGUUUGCAGCCUCCAUCUCCAGAUUUGGCCAAUGAAGCCAACCAUGCCCCUGACGGUUUCAUCAGAACUUAUAAAGCUUGGAAGGGUAGCAAUGUAUUUGUUUUGGGGGGAAGGCUUAUAUUUGGACCUGAUGUGAGAUCCCUUUUCUUCACCAUCUUCUUAAUUGCUGCUCCUGUUGCUGUCUUCUGUGUCUUUGUAGCUAGAAAGUUGAUGGAUGACUUUCCUCAUCACCUGGGAAUAUCCAUAAUGGUUGUUGUUGUGGCUCUCACUUUAUGUGAUAUAAUUCUUCUUCUACUAACCUCAGGAAGAGAUCCUGGUAUUAUUCCACGAAGCUCUCACCCUCCUGAGCCUGAAGGUUAUGAAGGAAUUACUGAAGUUCGUCCUGGCCAAACUCCACCAUUACGUUUUCCGCGUACAAAGGAUGUGGUUAUCAAUGGUAUAAGUGUGAAGAUCAAGUACUGUGAUACUUGUAUGCUGUAUAGACCUCCCCGAUGUUCUCACUGUUCAAUAUGCAAAAAUUGUGUGGACAGAUUUGACCACCAUUGCCCUUGGGUUGGUCAAUGCAUUGGACUGCGGAAUUACAGGUUCUUCUUCAUGUUUGUCUUCUUUACAACUCUUCUUUGCUUAUAUGUGCAUGGAUUUUGCUGGGUAUAUAUCAGGAGAAUCAUGGAUGGUGAGGAGACAACAAUCUGGAAAGCAAUGAUUAAAACUCCUGCCUCCAUUGUGCUUGUAAUCUACACCUUCAUUUCAGUCUGGUUUGUUGGUGGACUAACUGUCUUCCAUUUGUACCUAAUCAGUACAAACCAGUCUACUUAUGAAAACUUUAGAUGCCAGUAUGAUCGACGUGAUAAUCCAUUCAACAAAGGGGUCAUUGAGAACUUCAUGGAGAUUUUCUGCACUGGUAUUCCUCCAUCCAAGACAAAUUUCAGGGCAAAGAUUCCUAAAGAACCUGCAAUUUCACCUAGAACAGUGAGGGGAGGUUUUAUCAGUCCAAACAAAGGGAAAGCCAUUGGUGACAUAGAAAUGGGGAGGAAGCCAGUUUGGGAUGAGGCUUUAGGAGAGAUAGGUGAUGAUGAAGGACAACUCAGUGGUGACAGUACAGACAAGGACAGCAGAUUGCCUGAUGUCUCUCUCCAUUUAAGUCGGAUCCUUCCCCUAGAGAACACAGAGGGGCACGGAGUCAUGCAUCAUCCUAGGCGUUCUAGUUGGGGAAGAAAUAGUGAAAGAUGGGAUAUAUCACCUGGGAUUCUUCCUUUAUCCAGAGUUGGAGAAUCAAAGAGGAUGAAUGGUAGGAACAAUGCUGAAUCUACAAAUGGUAAUCAACAAUUUGAAACAAAAUUAUGAACUGUACAUUAAACAUGAGAAAAAUAUUAUUAAUUUUUUUUAUGGAUUUAAGAGAAGAUGAAAAUGAAAAGUGGCGUGGGUAUGGGUUGGUGUUGAUUGGAGACAUGCAUUUAGUUUGUUCAUUUUCCACAUGCUAAACCGUGUUGUAGUGUAUCAUUUGUUUUGUUAAUACUAAGUCUUGGGGCUGUUUUAUUCCUCCACGAAAGAAAAGAACCCUUCCAUUAGUUGCAAUAUUCAGUCAUGGCUUGUUGCUUUUUUCUGGCUGUUUGAUUUAGCGGUUUCACUUCAGGGCUGCAAGUCAUGGCUGAGUGU